UGGCCAGAUAGUUUCCAUUUAGUCGCUUUUAGUUGAUUGGCGCGUGGUCAUUGGUUGGGUCCCUUUCAUCAUUUAUCUAUGUUGUCUCGUCCUUGUUCCUUACUUUUACCUCCCUCAGUGUCCUUGCACCAAAAGCUGACGCCCCACGAACCGGUUUAUUAUAAACGUUACAUAGCGCCUCUUGCAUACGGAGUUAUCUAGCAUCGUACAUCUCAACAAUGUCACUACAAUACAAUAAAUGCACGAAGUCACUCAUGUCAAUCGAGGACAUGCUGCUGAAGCGCUGGGGCAGCCUCAGCAGGUUCAUGAUGUCCUUUACCAUUAUUCGCUUGAUAGUGGCCUUACUCCUACUUCCUCUCUAUAUGACGAGAGUGGUAUUGCGAUCGGUCCCAUGCAUUUUCAUCAAUACCUUUCGCUUUAUGAUCGUUGCCGGUUGUCGUCUUUUGAUCAAUGAUACGGAGAAGUACCGAGCACAGGAACAGUUACAGGCUCAGUCACAAUUUAACACCCGUUAUGUAUUCCCCGAAGAUGUGGUAUUGAGAUUGCAUCGAAACGGAAAAGGCUCAUUGAGUGACAUGCCGUUUGCAAAUAAUAUUGAAGAGAUAUCGGUUUGCGGUGCAACAGCCCGGUACAUCCAUAUAAAACCGGAGAAUAACGGCGUUCAUGGCGAAUACGAGAGAAAAAGCCCGAUCGUGCUUCUUCAUGGAAAUCCCAGCUGGAGUUAUAUUUGGCGAAAUGUCAUGCCAAAACUGGUCGAACAAGGACACGAGGUCUUUGCCCUAGAUUGGAUUGGUCACGGCAGGAGUGACAAAAUUACUCGACAGACGUGCAUCAGUUUCGAGUUACACAUGAGGACUCUGAUCGAAUUGUUCGAAUCUACAGGCCUUGAGGAUGCUACACUUGUUGCACAUGACUGGGGUGGAUGUAUCGCGCUCUGUACCCUGCCGCAUCUUCGAGCAAAUGCUUGCCGUGGUCUGUUCUUGCUCAACGCCUUCCUGCCGCCUCGUCCAAGUGACAUGAGCCUGCAUUAUGGCCUUUUAUACGCAAUCUGGUUUAUGUCUACCGGCAUCAUGGAUGGCUACUUGCCCGAGUCUGGAGUUAUGCGUUUCAUGUCUCCACAUCUCCCCCAGAAGGAGAUCGAAGGCUAUGAAGCGCCCUACAGGGAUUUUCCCCUCAACAGCAAGGCAGGGGUGUUCCGUUUCGCACAUAUAGCACCCGGCAUGCCCGAGUUCGUGCUUCGUUCCCUCCGCGAGACAUGGCUCUGGAAACUGGGUGAGGGACUAUGUGGACCAAUCCACUUCAGCAGUCUCAAUGCUCAGACGAGCCUGUCGGCGCGGGGAGACGAAGUGAGACAGUUCUGGCGCAACGGAGAUAUGAAAGCGCGGCGUAGCGCUGGCAGUGAAGCACCGUUCAGAGUGGUCGUGGUGUUUGGGGAGGAUGAUCCACUGCUCAAAGACUACAAGCAUAUUCUCACCCAGACAAUCAACGCCGACCUCAUGGUCGACUGGGCCCCAAGUGGCAUCUGGCUCAGCAAUGCAGGUCAUUACCCGGUCGAAGAGAGACCCGGGGACAUUGCAGACCUGAUAGUCGAGUUCAGCAGCAGUUGAAUCCAAGCAAGAAGCCAGCCGCGAUGUGACCUAGCCUAUCCAUAGUCAAUACGCCAGGUGGGUCGUAUUAUAUCUACGGAGUACAUAGGAAGGCCGUUCCCGUUCGACAGAUUCUCGAGCGUUCCUACUCCGUAGACAUGACGGCGCAAGAAGCAAGCAGUUCGGUCCCAGAAAGUCGUUCCAGUACAUACUUGACUUGAUCAUUGCGAUUGUUAGCGCGAGUUUCAGGGGAGAUAAUUACGCCAAGAUACUCAGCUUCAAUAGGGAUACUUAAAAUGCAUGUAUACCAAAUUAAGACAAGCGAAGAGUACGUU